ACGGACAACGCAACAAACAACGGCGGGACUGCGAGGAAUGCAUUUCGUAUCCAUUCGUGCUUGCUUUACCUGGUUCCAUUGAAUUAAGUCUGGAUACGAAUCUCAACUUCAUCCAGAGAACUGUUCUACUGUGCGGACUGCCGCAGUGACACAAGAUGGAUGUGACAUCGAUGACAACGCUGCGUGACGUUUUAACCGUUUGUCAGGACAGGCCGAAUGCAUUUGAAAGAGGACUGGAGGUUGCCCGAAAAGUGUACGGUGACACGCCUUUCGACGAAUUCUUGAAGGAACUCGUAUUGUGUCUGCAGUUCAUCAUCCCUAACACCGACAGCGGCGAGUACGUUGAAUGUCUUCUUGAUUUCACUGCCCGUUUCGUCGCCUCGCCGACUGCUUCACAGGAAGCCGACAACGCUUCUGUGAAGAACGAACUUUUGGAGCCCAUCCUCCGUAAUGUACUGGAGUGGAGCGGAAGCGGCAAGAAAAUUAUCCGCGAGAGAUGCUGCGUUUUCGUCGAGAAGCUGCUCGGCUACGUUACGGACGACAGCGUUAUUGACGACAAACUCUUUGAGGAAAUUGAAAGCGCGAUGCUUACAAGGCUCCGCGACCGCAUCGGAAGCGUUCGAAGUCGUGCCGUUGGCGCCUUGUCAAGGCUUCAGGACCCCAGUGACUCAAAUUGCAAAAUUGUGAAGCACUUUCUGUUCCACGUCGAAGCUGACCCAUCCGCAGACGUCCGAGUGGCUGUCGUUAGCCACAUGGUUCCGUCUUCACGUACACUGGGGGCACUGGUUGAGCGGUCUAGGGACACGAGAGAAGCAGUCCGGAAGCGUGCAUACGAGCGCAUCGCAGAGAAGGUGCCGGUGAGGUAUCUAAAGAUAAAACAGAGGACACAGCUUCUAGACAGUGGUCUCAAUGAUCCGUCGAAUGGAGUCAGGCAGGUUGUCGUAGCAAACUUAAUCCCUGCUUGGCUCAAGCAUUGUCAGGACAGCGUUGCGGACCUCAUAAAGCUUCUCGAUGUCCAUGGAUCAGAGAAAGUCGUGGAGGCAUUACUGAAGGCAUUACUCAAGACACAUGGCAUUGAAAUGUUCAUCAAAGACAUCAAACAGCGCUUGCUUGACGAGGACAAACUCAUUCCAGAGGACAAACUUAGCUGUGAAGGCACACUUUACUGGCGGAUUCUCGUGCAGACUCUUCGAGCUCAGGGGUCGGCCGAAUCGGAGUCACGCUUGGAUGAAAUCUUCCCUGACCUGACAGUGUACUGCGGGUUUGUUUCAAAGUAUGUGCUGUCCUUUAGUACGGAGUGGGAAGCACUCCGUCAGCUUGAUCAUCAGUUUGUUUCACAGCAGCUCAUACUGCUGUUGAAGUCCGCUGACCUUGCUGACACUGCUGGGAGGGAACGCCUCCUUGAGACUGUUCGGAGAUUGCUGCUCUCAACGAAGGUAGGUUCACUGCAGAUACCUCACUUGAUGAAGCUGAUCAGGUACAUUCACCCAGACCCAUAUGAUACACUGCAAGAAGUUGAAGCGUUGCUACCUGAAAUCCAGGCACCUCUAGCAGCCACCCAAACCUUCCAAACACAAGAAGCAACACAGAAGGAGCCUGCAUUAGACAUGCUGAUUGCCAAGAUGAAAGUGCAACUGAACAUACUGAGAGAGGACCUCUCAACUUGUAUUGAAGAGGAAAACUUUGAUGCGGCUAAAGAGACUAAAAAGAAGAUUACUGAACUGGAGGCUGAACUCUCCAGCCACCAGUCUAAAUUGGCAGAGAUGUCGACUGAGCCAAAGGAAAUUGAGUGUGAAAAAAGUGAAGCCAUCAUUCUAAAGUGCCUGAUACUGAUUGCUGAAAUGAUGGCAGUUACACCCCUCACAUCACUAACUCCUUUCCUUCAAACAUGCCUUGAGGACAUUAUUCUGCCCGGGAUUGUCAGGAUGGACAUGGCCAUCCGCAAGCAGGCAGUAAGAGCACUAUCCUACUGUUGCGUGCUGAACAAAGACGUUGCAAUGCGAAACCUCAAGCUUCUCUUUGAGGUUGCUCUUGUGGACCAACCACAAAUCCAAAGUGUUGCCUUAGCUGGGGCUCUCGAUGUUCUUCUAACCUAUGGACUAGAGACAUUCGACAGCAUGCUCAGAAGUGUGUUUGAAGGGGAAGAUGAUGAUGAGAGUCCAAUACCAUGUAAAAUAUCGUCAGGCCUACUGGUGGACUUCUUGACCAAGUGCACGGACAUGGAAGAGGAAAAUAUCAGGGCUGUGGCAGCAGAAGGUAUGGCCAAACUACAGCUCUAUGGUCAUAUAUGUUCUCCGACACUGAUGUCUGCAUUGAUCUUGCACUGGAUUAAUCCAGAUGCCGACAAGAACAGUCGGUUUCACCAAGUAUUGGGUGCCUUUAUGAGAACAUACUCACUAGGUGGGCCAAAAAAUACCCAGUGCUUCGAAGAAGCAUUUAUGCCCACAUUAGAUGCCAUAUUGACAGCGCGCUCGCAAGACCCUCUGACUCAUCUUGACCCUGCUGAUGUCCUGAACUUCCUUGUUGAAGUAACUCUGCUGAGGUCACCAGAAAAUCCAUUUGAGUAUGCCUCUGAUGAUGAAAUAACCGAACUGACACCACAUGAUCGUCUUGCCGAGCUACUUUGCCGAGAAGUGCUGAAGGACCCAGACUCACCUGAUUCCUUGGUCUUUGUUAAAGCACUAACCCUCCUGAAGCUUACCCAUAGGUGUGCCAUCACGGACCUAAUGUCAGCAGUGCAUAAGAUGGAAAAGAGAGUGACAGCAAAGCGCACUAUUGCACUGGUGAAGAGGUUCAAGGAGAAGCUGUUGGCACUUUCACCUGUUGUGACAUUGAGUGAAACAGACGAGAUGUCAUCCAUGAGUGUAGUCAUCGAGAGCACAACCUCAAACGAAAGCACCAUGCUCUCAGCUACAAAGAAAAAACGUGCCCUUACUAGAAGGACAAUCCAUCAAGGUAGUGUCCUGUCAAGCCCUCCAAACACAGAGUCACCAGUGCUGCAAAUUUCUCAGGAACUCUUUUCAUCUAGCAUCAGCUCAUAAAAUAGCAUUCUCAUUCUUGAUGUAUUGACAUUUUGUUGUUGUAUGUCUCAUGUUAACAGCACUGUAGUGUACAUGUGUGCUGAAGUUUACCAUCAAGUAUUUUUCAACCAUCAAGGAUUGGCCCUUGAAUAUAGCUGCCCUUUUCAUAUGCAUAGUGUUAUUGUGGCCAGUAAGCUGGACGAAGUGCAAGAACGGACUGUUCAGUGCACAAGACUAGGCAUCAUAUGCUGCAUGCUUGUACUUUAAAUGCCUUGUUUACUUAUGUGUGUUGUGUUCAUACAGUGUUGUAAUUUUUGUUAUCAGCAUCCGGAAGGUUUACUGCUUGCUUUUGAAAAGCUAAAAAUAGGUUCUUGCAUUUUGCUCAUGCAUCCACUGUUUGUAAAGCUGUACACUAUAGUAAACUUGAACGAACAGCCUGUUACAUAAGGCAGAAUGUGGUGUACAUGACAAAACGAUUUCAUGUUGCAUCUCGUGUAUGUAGCUGAUAAUACCAAUUUGAUCAUUUUAAACUUGACAUACCCAUUUCUUUAUGUUCAAGAUGGCGUAACACUUUGAUUAUUUUUUUUACAUUUACAUUUUGCCGCCUAAUGUAUUAUUGCCAAACAUGUAAUUAUGAAUGGCAAAAUGUAUGCCCAAAGCAUAAAUGAAGGUACAGUGCGUGCUACACGUCUGUCAUCGUUGGACAGAUGUGCACAUCCGGUUUGAUUGCCAGACGUGAGGAUGCUCACCCUGAUGCAAUAGUUUUGUUUCUGUCUUUGGUUUUCAUUUUCUCUGUUUUAGAUCAAACAAAACAAAAAAGACCAAAAUUUGCAGCAGGGUGAGCACCCUCACAUUCAGCAGCCUAACUCGAUGUUCAUACUGUAAAUUCAGUUAUGCUUCAGGCACAUGUUCUACUGUUCGCAUUUAAUCUUUUGCUUAUAGUACCAGUGCUGCAUAUAUGUUUGUCUAAAUACAUUGUACUUGGAGUAAUUGAACUUUGUACUUUUCUUUGCAUGAAAUAUAUAGCAACAUCGCUAUA